CACAAUCUUUGAUCCCGAAGGUCCAGGCACUGGCAACCUGUUCGUCGCUCCUGUUGCAUAGAAGUUGAAGCUCGUAUCAGGCGCUACUCGGAGGCCAUGUCUCUCCCAGACUCCUUCAUCCAGCGGCAGCAGCUGGAUGCCUCCAUGGCCGACACCUUCCUGGAGCACCUCUGCCUGCUGGACAUCGACCAGGAGCCAAUCACAGCACGCAACACCAACAUCAUCUGUACCAUCGGGCCAGCCUCUCGCUCUGUGCCGAGGCUACAGGAAAUGGUGAAAGCUGGGAUGAACAUCGCCAGACUCAACUUCUCCCACGGCUCUCAUGAGUACCAUGGAGGGACGAUCAAGAACAUCCGGGAGGCGGUGGAGACCCUGACGUCUGACCCUCUGUACUAUCGUCCUGUCGCUAUUGCGCUUGACACCAAGGGUCCAGAAAUCCGCACCGGUCUCGUCAGAGGGCAGGUGGACGAAGAGGUGGAGCUGCACCGAGGGGCACAGGUUCGGGUGGUGACGGCAGAGAGUGACAGGGACAAGACGGAUGGGGACACAGUGUGGGUGGAUUACCCCAGCCUGCCCCAGGUGUUGAAGAAAGGGGGAACAAUCUUCAUCGACGAUGGGCUCAUUGGACUCAAAGUGCUGGAAAUCGGUCAGGACUGGGUGCAGACGGUCGUGGAGAGCGGAGGUGUUCUCUGCAGCAGGAAAGGGGUGAACCUGCCGGGGGCCGACCUGAUAAACCUGCCCGCGGUGAGCCCUCGGGACGAGGCGGACCUGCAGUUCGGGGUGGCUCAGGGGGUGGACAUGGUGUUCGCCAGCUUCAUCCGCUGCGCCGGCGACGUGCGGGCGGUGCGGCAGGCCCUGGGCGAGAAGGGGAAGGACAUCAAGGUGGUCAGCAAGGUGGAGAGCCGCCAGGGAGUGCAGAACUUCGAAGAGAUCCUUGCAGAAAGCGACGGGGUGAUGGUGGCUCGGGGGGACCUGGGUAUCGAGAUUCCAGCUGAAAAGGUCUUCAUCGCCCAGAAGAUGAUGAUUGGGCGGUGCAAUUCUGCGGGCAAGCCUGUUAUCUGUGCCACUCAGAUGCUGGAGAGUAUGAUAAGCCACCCCCGGCCCACUCGCGCAGAGGGCAGUGAUGUGGCCAAUGCUGUGCUGGAUGGGGCCGACUGUGUGAUGCUGUCAGGGGAGACAGCCAAGGGACUGCACCCGGUGGAGGCCGUGGCCAUGAUGCACUCGAUCUGUCGAGAGGCAGAGGCUGCCAUCUUUCACCAGCAGCUGUUUGAAGAGUUGCGGCGCUUGACUCCGCUGUCCUCUGACCCCACUGAAGUUACAGCCAUUGGGGCAGUUGAAUCCUCCUUCAAGUGCUGUGCUGGAGCCAUCAUCGUUCUCACCACCAGUGGCAGGUCGGCCCAGCUGUUGUCCCGCUAUCGCCCUCGUUGCCCUAUCAUCGCUGUGACCCGCAGUGAGAAGGUGUCCCGUCAGACCCAGCUCCUCAGGGGGGUCUUCCCUGCCCUCUUCAGGCACCCGCCUCCCCCGGUCUGGGCAGAUGAUGUCGACAACAGGGUGACCUUUGGCAUGGACAUAGGAAAGGCCCGUGGGUUCUUCAAGCCCGGUGACAUGGUGAUCGUGGUGACAGGUUGGAGUCCUGGAUCUGGUCACACUAACAUAAUGAGGGCCGUCACAGUGCUUUGAACCCUCUCUGCUCCCAAAGGACACACGGGCUAACAAAUGUACGGACAGACAAACUGGCUGAUGUUCAGACAAACUGGCUGACUGACUGACUGACUGACUGACUGAAUAACACACUGGCAUACUAACUGUUGGAUACAUUCGGACAGUGAAUGACUAAUACACAGAGACGGUAACAUUGACUGUACCAUUGAUGCCCAUAACCUCCCAACCCUACCUAGUAGACUAAAUUACUGCCAAGCACUGAAUGAUAAACACAACUGACAAACCACCUCUUUUCACACCGUAACUCAGUGUCAUUGUGACCUAUUAGGUCGUAGCCUUAAUGCACUCAAGUCACUCACGUUGGUACAAGGACUGACUCAUACUAUUACAGUGUAACUUGAUAGAAAGCACUUUAUAGAGCUGCUGGUGCAUAGAAACUCUAAACCCUGGACAGACUGGAGCACAGACUGAUAAAUGAGUGGUCUGCCUGUGCUGUGCCCUGUGGUGUCUUGCCUUUUUCCGCUAGCUUGGAAGCACUGCCACGAAUAAAGCUUGAAGCAUCAGAUACCCUCAUCCUCUACGUUGUGUGUCUUUGCAUUCCAGGAUGUGAAAUCAAGCAUUUACAAUUCUUUUAUCAUAUCCAUCCAUCUUACAG